UUCAGCUAUGAGUCACUGGAGGACACAGCGCAGGCGAUCGAACUCUACAGUCAAGCGAAUUCGUUAGCACCAACAGAUCCAGCCAUUUUGGCGCGACUCGCUGCUAUUUAUGAUGCUGAAGGCGACAAGACGCAAGCUUUCCAGAGUAACUACGAUAGCUAUCGCUACUAUCCUUCAAAUCUGAAAGUAAUCGAAUGGAUGGGUGCCUACUACAUCGAUGCACAGUUCUCUGAGAAGGCCGUUAAUUAUUUUGAAAAAGCUUCCAUUAUGCAACCAAACGAAAUCAAAUGGCAGUUGAUGAUGGCAUCAUCGCAUCGACGAGCUGGUAACUACCAAAAAGCAUUGGAAUUGUACAAAAAUAUUCACAAGAAAUUUCCAGCCAAUAUUGAAUGCCUGAAGUUUCUUGUCCGUAUCACCACCGACCUCGGGAUGCCAGAGGCUAAGGAAUACGUGGAAAAGUUGGGCAAGGCGGAACGAGUACGUCAGCUGAAGAUGCAACGAGAAUCUGACAGCAGCCAGGGCAAACGUCACAGUGCUCAAUCAUCGCACAGUCUGCCGCCACCUCAAGGAGGCUCAGGUGAACGUCCCACGUCACUGAACAGCUUACGAAUGUCAAGCGCCAAAUUUGCCUUCGAGGACCAGCCGUUUACCGUUGCUCCGAGAGAUAUGAAAUCAGCUGAUCUCUCCUACGCAGAUCCAGUAGGAGCUGGAGUGGCUAGGCCGAAAACUGGACAGCGGCGACCAAAAACGGAUGAUUCAUUCGAGGAGCUUGACGAUUCACUAUUACCACAGUAG